UGGAGCUCCUCAGCCAAGACGAGGCGCGGCGGCGGCCAUGGCGGGGGAGGCGAAGGUUCCACCCUGCGCUUCCGAGCAGUGGGCCCUGAAGCGCUACGGCCGCUUCGUGCCCGCGGGCACUGACCGCUUUGGGGCGGCUGCUGAGGCGCGGGCGAGCUCGAACCCCUCGGCCUCCUGGAAGGUAUUUGAUUCUAAUGAUAAAUCUGGUUCUCUUGUUCUCACCAUAGUUGUAUCAGGUCAUUUCUUCAUUUCCCAAGGACAGACCUUACUGGAAGGAUUUUCACUCAUCGACAGCAAGAAGUGGCUGAAGAUUGUAAGGCGGGUGGAUUGUUUACUGUUUGGAUCAACAAUAAAGGAUAAGAGUCGCAUGUUCCGUGUACAGUUUGGAGGUGAUUCUAAAGAAGAGGCCCUGGAAAACUGCUGCAGUUGUGUACAAAAGCUUGAACAGUACAUAACAAUCCAGGUUCCUGACGAGCUGAGCCAGGAGCUGCAGCCAGGCCCUAGCCAGCUGACAGCCACGGAAAGUCAAGUGAAGGACAGCGAGCAGAGUGGAAUGCUGCAUCAUGGAUUACAUCUGAAUCUAAAACAGCAUUAUGCAUCUUCCUACACCUUUCCAGAAGGAAGGAUAACAAUGACGCAGCUAGCACAGUCUAUCCUGACAUCAGCAGAACUACCACUUGCCUACAAGCAAGCUGCAUGGAAUGCAGAAGAGUUAGGUCCCUUCCUGAAGUUGUGCCUUAUGGAUCAGAAUUUCCCAGCCUUUGUUGAAGACGUAGAGAAGGAACUGAAGAAGCUGACAGGGCUGGCGAGUUAAUAUUGUCUACAUUAAUAAAUAGCUAUCUUAUUGAUAAAAUACUUUCUCCCAAAGUUAGUGGAAUAAAAAUUGUUGUUUCAACAUCUUUCUUUUAUCAGUGUUUUAUUUUUAAAAACAUGUGAAUCCACUUUUUUUAUACAUCAUUGCACUUCAACAAAUACACAGAACACAAGUUCAUGCAUUGACAGCUCUGCACCGAAUGAGAACCUUGUCAGGUUGUAAUUCUACAAUCAACUGUUAAAUCAAGACAGGAAAUUACAGUGUCCAACUGAAAAGUAUAAUUAGUUGCAUAGAAUAUUACCAUGCUAUAUAACACUUUUAAGAUCAUUGAAA